AUGACUCCAGCAACUACUUGAUCGGUCCCGACCCGUCCAGGAUCGGUGUGUGUGUGUGUGUGUGUGUUUAUGUCCGUGUUAAGUGUUGCGUGUCAUUCGCAAGUCUCGUCCACAAGGCGACGGCGCAUGUUGGGCUCGACACCGUCCCUUUCGCGUUAGCAGCUAGCGGGCUAGCGGGUCACAUCAUGUGGGUCUUCGGCUACGGAUCCUUGAUUUGGAAAGUGGACUUUCCCUACGAGGACAAACGGGUCGGCUUUAUAAAAGGCUUCAGCCGCCGGUUCUGGCAGGGCAGCACUGACCACAGAGGAGUCCCGGGCAAGCCUGGUCGAGUCGUGACACUGGUGGAGGACCCGGAGGGUUGUGUGUGGGGAGUGGCCUACAAGCUGCCGACAGGCCGUGAGCAGGAAGUGAAGAGCCACCUCGACUACAGAGAAAAAGGUGGCUACCAGGUCAAGGCCGUGACCUUUCACCCCCGUCCACCACUCAGCCCUCGGCCCACGCAGACGCUUCUCUACAUCGGCUCUCAGGACAAUCCCGACUACCUGGGCCCGGCGCCGCUGGAGGAGAUUGCCAACCAGAUUGUCAGCUCCACCGGGCCCAGCGGACGGAACACAGAAUAUCUGUUUCAGCUGGCCGAGGCCGUGAGGACCAUUCUGCCUGAGGACUCAGACACUCAUCUGUUUUCUCUGGAAUCCUUAGUGAAGGAGAGACUGCGCAGGGACACCCUCGCAGAACACUAACUCAUGAAAGUUCUGAAAGUGAUUCAGCAACUCAGGACAUUUGAGGAGUUCACAGCCUUCACAAUCUCAGGGUUUCUGAUUCCGAGUGGACAGAUGGCAGUCUGAAUGUAACACUCUGGACAUCUGAGUCAAUUCUUCUUUCACACGUCCAUGACUUUGUCGGUAUUUGUAGUUUGUGACUCUAUUGGGUCAUAAAAAACAAAUGUAUUUAUUCAACGUAACGGUUUUACUUUUUAAAAUAGAGCUGCAACACUAGUCGACGACCAAGUGAGUCUCUCACGGGUUCAUGAGUCGGCAAUGUGCAUCAUAUGCACUUCUCAGUUGCAGUUAGUAGUUAAAGGACAAUGAUCCUCGAGUUGGAAAGUCACCAAUUCAGAAAAAAAAAUCAUUGUGACUCAAGAGAGUUGAUCCUGCAACAGUGGAAGUCAGUUACCUCUUUGUCACCUCACCUUUUCUUUGUACAACACUCAGGUAGCUUUCAGGAAUGAAGGGAAUUCAAGUGUGUUUACAGACUUUUUCGGAAGGAAACAGUCGGUGGUGUGAGCUGCGUCAGUCACCUACAACUAACACAAUAAACCAUUUUGGAAGACUUUGGAAACAUGUUUUGUUUGAUCGGCACGUGGCCCAUAUUUUACCUCAACGUGACGUGCAGCACAUGAAGGUGACUCACUCUGACUCAGCAAUAACGGAGUCAAGUUUGGACAAGGUCCAACCAGAGUGAGUUGGUGUGAAUGUACUACAGUACAUGAAAGGUUUAACGCACAGGGACGUACGGUGGAGAAGUGGUGCGUGCUGCAUCCUCAUAGCAAGAAGGUCCACGUGUGCAAACCUAUUUAGAUCACAUUAACAGCACUUGCAUUCAUCUAUAGGGGAUCUUUUUUUAGACGGCAUGUUUUCGAGAUAUCUCCCGACUCUUGAACAUCUCCAGCUGAUGCUCGGCUGAACACUCUGAAUGAAAACGUUGACAAUCUGCGAUCUCUCUCCCCCCAGACUGCAGUAACAGCGUUUAUCAGUUGAGCUCAGAAGCGGCAAAAAUCAGUACAAUGCACCUGAAUACUAAAAGCUUUCCAGCGAGGGUGUCGGCACGCCGCUCGGAAAUCUGCUCUCAGGAAACCAUGUGAUACGGAAACACGCUGAUAACGUUGAAGCCGUGUUUCAGGGAGGCGCUGAACCCUGGCAGACACUCAUCCUUCCACUGCUCCUCCACCUCCAAGAAAGGGAAGCUUUUACAAAUGAAGUGAGAUUUAUUCACAUGGAGAGUGAUGAGCUGUUGUAUAACACAUCAUGGACAAGGGAGACAAAUGACUCACUGACAGUCACUGACCGUAUUGAUCUUUAGAAUCAUCAAUAAUAUCACAAAGGUAAUUCACUCUGUAUUUACAUUAACUGUACAAAUAACUUAAAAAUGUAGUCUCAACAGUUUCUACUUCCAUGUACCUCGACCUCUGCAAAACUGGGACACUGUAUAUGCAGGAAUAAUAUUUCUAAAACAAUUAUCAGGUUCUAGAACAGGGGUCACCAACAUGGGCUGUUAAAAAUGA